AUGACCCACCGACAUCCCAGCUCUCAACCCGGUGGCUCAUCCUCAGAGAAGAACUCACAGGCUUGGCCAAGCUCUCAAUACCUCGGUGGUUCAACACCUGGAGCAACUCUUCUGUGGAACUGCAUGGCUUCUCUGACGCUUCUCAAUUGGCAAUGGCUGCAGUCAUAUACAUCUCCGUUCACGACUCAAACGGCGCCACGAUUUUACUUGUGUGCUCCAAGACUAAGACACAUCUCUCCAGAGACCUUGGAGAAAGCGAGGCUCUUCUGGAUUCAGGCAACUCAAGCAACGUACUUCUCUCACGAGCUCAAGGCGUUACAAUCUGAUUCACCGUUGGCAAAGGCACACGCAUUCAACCUAUUAACUGCGUACAUCGACGCUCAAGGAGUCAUUCGCGUCGGCGGACGACUCGCUCACGCAGCUCUCUCAUUCGAUACGAAACAUCCUGCAAUAUUGCCUCGUCACUCUCAUCUAUCAUCAUUGAUCAUCGCUCACGCUCAUCAACGGACUCUACAUGGAGACACGCAGCUUACGCUCUCGCACAUCCGACAACAGUAUUGGAUUCUCGGCGGAAGGGCUCCUGUUAAGUCUCACAUUCUGCGGUGGCCACUCACCGUCAAAACGUGGAAGGGAAGAGGUGCCAAGACCAGUAAAGGCUGGAUUUGCGUUUUUGUCUGCUUCUCAACCUCAGCAGUACACCUAGAGGCGGUUAGUGACUACUCAACAGAAGGAUUCAUUGCCGCCUAUCGACGCUUCUCAUCCAGACGCGGCAUUGCUCACACCUUGCAUUCGGAUUGCGGCACCAAUUUCAUCGGCGCGGAUACAGCCCUCAAAAGGCUGUUUAUCCAGAGCACUCAAGAACACCAGCGAAUCUCACACCUGCUCUCGCAAGACAACACUCGAUGGGAAUUCAAUCCCCCAGCAACACCUCACAUGGGAGGAAAAUGGGAGUCCGUCGUAAAAUCAAUAAAAUAUCAUCUACGGCGCACCAUUGGAGAAAACGUGCUCACCUUUGAGGAGCUCACCACAUUGCUCACUCAAAUUGAGGCAAUUCUCAACUCACGACCUCUCGAACCAUUGAGUGACGAUCCAGAAGACAUCAGCACUCACACCAGGUCACUUCCUCGUAGGAAGUCCACUCACCGCCAUACCAGAGCCAUCACUCACUGA